AGCAGGCGCCUAGCGACACAUCUCUCACUGUUUUCCACUCAGUAUACAACAAGCUACCAAUACAGUAGUCUAAAAGGGUUUAUUUAAACCUAUAGCCUGAAUUUCUACUAAAAAACACAAAUUAAGAUGUUCAAGAACACGUUUCAGUCGGGUUUUUUGUCUAUAUUGUACAGUAUCGGCAGCAAACCGCUACAAAUUUGGGAGAAGAAGGUCAGGAAUGGUCAUAUCAAGAGAAUAACAGAUAAUGAUAUCCAGUCUUUGGUUUUGGAGAUUGUUGGGACAAACGUUAGUACAACUUUCAUAGUGUGUCCACAAGAACCGAAAAAGACCCUGGGAAUCAAGCUACCAUUUCUGGUCAUGAUUAUCAAAAAUUUGAAAAAAUAUUUCACGUUCGAAGUAACGGUCCUGGACGACAAGAACGUUAAACGAAGAUUUCGCGCGUCUAACUAUCAGUCAACCACCCGUGUAAAACCAUUUAUUUGUACUAUGCCGAUGAGACUAGACGAUGGAUGGAAUCAAAUUCAGUUUAACCUGUCAGAUUUCACUCGCCGAGCAUACGGGACGAACUACAUCGAAACACUUCGAGUACAGAUUCAUGCAAACUGCAGAAUUCGUAGAGUCUACUUCUCUGACAGACUUUACUCAGAAGAUGAACUUCCAGCAGAGUUCAAAUUAUACUUACCGGUCCAAAACAAAGCAAAGUAAUAACAGACUCUAUAAGAAAACGUCUUACUAGGGGGGAGGGAAAUAAAUUUCAUGAGGGGUGGGGAGGGAUAUUUGCUAUGCCACAAGUUUACACAAACAAACACAACCUCAAAACUACUUUUAGAAAGAAAAUCUCCUAUUUCAAGCUUAUCACAAAACUAUAUUCAUGUAUUUUUUAAAACAUCCUAUUAGAUUUUGAUUUCCUCAUUUCAUGACUGCUUUUGUAUUUAAGAAUUUAAAAAAAUUAUUUCAAGGUGAAAAUCAUUUUUGGUCCAAGCCCUCUUCAUGUACUGGAUAAAUUUUCAAACAUUGUAAUGUAUUUUAUCUAAAUAUUUCUCACUUCAGAUCAAAAAAUGUGCUGUAUUUGUAAGAUUAUGAAUGUUCUUUAUUUUAGCAGUCGACACUCUUGUAAAUAGAUACAAGAAAUAAAAAUGAAUAUCUAAAAA